AUGCCGACAAUAGAUCCGUUAAAUACGACAAACUUAUCCGGUAUCGGUUCCAAGGAACUAAUCGAUCUUGAAGUUAUCGUACUAAACUGGGCCAAACAAAUUUUUGAUGUUACAAAAACUAAAGCAGAAGCUAAAAUCAACAAAAAAUUCCUUCAG